AUGUUUGUUGUUAUGUGGCCGGGGGUUCCCUGCAGCCCUGCUGGCUCAAAGUGGCAUGGUGUGAACUACGGGAACAGGUUCAUUCCGGAGGAUUGGAUGAAGCAUCCGUACAACUUCUUUGGCGGAGUCCGCAAAAAUGCACGAAGGGUGGCUCUCUGGGAUGUGCAUGGCCCUGGAGCAAAACAAAGGAUGCUUCAGUGGCUGGACGCCACGAUUUGUGAGUCCCACUUCAAGGAGAUGCAACGAUGCGGGGUAGAGGUCCUUCGUGUUCCCUGUGGCUACUGGAAUUGGGUGACCUAUGAGGGGAACUGUGGACCAGAGGUACCCAGCAACUACAGCAGCCUAGGCGAGCGAUUAAAGAAUCUCCAUCGGAUAGCAUCGCCACGAGACUAUCGGAUCUAUUUCGACAAGAUUUUUGACUUUGCUGGCAAGUACGGGAUCAAGGUUCUUCUGGACCUCCACGCACUUCCGGGGUCCCAGAACGGAGAGAUCCACAGCGGCGUUUGCAUCGAGGAGGAGGAGGAGCACAUAGGCUUCGUGCAGAGUGAAGCAAACCUUCAAACCUCUGUGCGGGCAGUUCGAGCCAUGGCGGAAUUCGCGAGUCAGAAGCCCAAUCUUUUCGGGAUUCAGGUCAUCAGCGAACCACACCUGCAUACAGAUGAAGGUCACGAAUUCCUGCGGAGGUAUUACCAGCAAGCUAUCCUGGCAGCUCGAGAGUCGUUGGAUCCCUCAGUCCCAGUGGUCUUGUUUGAGUGGACCUAUGAGAUGCAUCGCUGGGAGGAAGGAGCAUUUCCUGAGUCAACCUAUGGCCGUGUGGUUUGGGACACUCACCUCUAUCACUUCCCUGAGCCUGGCCAGAAGUGGACUUCAAAAGAGAACGGCCUGGAGAAAGCCAAGGAAGCAUAUGCUUGGGAUCUGCAGCAGCUACGACACUUCUCGAGAGCGCAAGGUGAAAUUGUGUUUGUCGGUGAGUUCUCGCUUGCGGGGCCAAGCCUUAACAGGGCGGAAACACGCGAGUUUGCCCAAUGGCUGGUAGAUCAGUUCGACUUCGCAUGUGCCGGGUCGCUUCUCUGGUCAUUUGAUAACUCCAUUAUUGCCUGGAGCAUGCAGCGGCAAGUGCAAGAAUGGGGUGUGGAUUGGCGAUCGAUCCUCCGUGGAGACCAUGAUCGUACAGUGGAACAUCCACCCAUCAAGAUAGAAGCAGCCCCGUUUGGCACAUGGCUCACAGCCACGGAGAAAGGAGCGGUCCAGGCUGAUGCCCCCGAGCCAUCCUGGUGGGAAGAAUGGGUGCCAUACUCCUACUCAGUUGACGGGAAGUCCAAGGUAGCUCUGCGGUCUGCUGCUCAUGGGACAUGGCUCAGUGUAACCCAGGACGGGGAGGUGAUCCAAUCUGAUCACCGAUCUGCUUGGGAAGAGUUCUCCGUCCUUUUCCGCGAUAAGCAGGAUGGGAGACAGUGCAUCUCCCUCCAAUCCUUCCAUGGCUCCUGGCUUGCCGUUCGACGCUUCAGGCCUACUGAUCGGCUCUUACUGUCGGCUGCCCACUCCAUCCAUGACGCUGAAGUGACAACGGCAUGGCUUUUGGCAUAA